UAAGAAUAGGGUUGUCUUCUUCAAGGCUUCAACAGGCGAAGCUUCAAAAGCUUAAUAACAGUACGGCUGUAGGCUGCAGGCUGCAACAGAGGCUCAAUCGGGAGCUCGUCAAAGGCUUGUCGAAGUAGAACAAGCAGCCAUUAUUUUGCUUAGCUUCCUAUUUUUCCCCCUAUGGGAAGAAUUGAUGCAAAUGUCGGUAAACCUAUCUGUUGCAAAGUCUAACCAAUGUUGGUACAUUUGAACUUUGGAUGAUGUAUUGGCUCCGUGGUUGGAACUGUAAGAUGUCGCAUCUGAUCGUGAAGUCGAGUUGCAGGGCUGCUGUGUAUUCGCCUUCUGCUUUGUACCUCCUAUUUCAUGGCUCUAUUCACAAAAUCUUUGGGGUCUGUGAAUGCUCACUCAAUUCAAAUUGCCAGUCUUUGAGAGCAUUUGUUUCAUCACCAUCAAGCUCAAAUGUAGAACCCAUUGUGCUAGGUCUUAGGAGUAGAUGCAUCUUUGACAUCAAGUUGCUAUCUACAAUGUCUGAAAGAAUUUUGGUUCAGGCUCGAGAUCCUGCAAAACUAAGUAUGGACAUACAAACUGCUAUUGAAGAGCAUAGAUUGAACGAUACGUGGAAGUUGUACCAACAGCAUAUGCAGAUGGAAGGGUUUCCUAGAAAAUCUGUUGUUAAUAACAUAUUAACAGGUUUUGCAGAAAGUCUUGAUAUUCAAUGGCUUGAGAAGGCCUAUGAUUUGGUAGAACAGGCAUUUACAGAAGGGAAACAGAACUUGUUAGAGAAGGACACUCUAAUCUAUUUGUCUUUUAGUCUUGCGAAAUCGGGGCUACCAAUUCCAGCAUCCACUAUCCUAAGAAAGUUGAUAAAAAUAGAACAAUUUUUCUCUGUUGCUGUUUGGUCUGCAAUAUUGGCUCACAUGUCUCAGACUGGUCCUGGGGCUUACCUUGCUGCAGAAUUGGUUCUUGAAAUAGGUUACUUGUUUCAAGAUGGCAGGGUGGAUCCACGUAAAAAAUGUAAUGCCCCUUUGAUCGCUAUGAAGCCUAGUUCUACUGCCUUUAACAUUGCUCUGGCGGGUUGUGUCUUGUUUGGGACAACUAGAAAGGCAGAAGAACUCCUUGAUAUGAUGCCUAGAAUUGGUGUCAAAGUAGAUACCAACUUAUUGAUGGUAAUGGUUCAUAUACAUGAGAGAAAUGGGCGGAGAGAAGAAUUAAGGAAAUUACAGAGACACAUAGAUGAAGCCCAUAACCUAAGUGAUGUUCAAUUUCGGCAGUUCUAUAGUUGCUUACUAACAUGUCAUCUGAAAUUUGGAGAUCUUGAAUCUGCCUCUAACAUGGUUUUGGACAUGCUGAGGAAAGCAAAGACAGCCAAAAAUUCGGUUGCUACAGCCACCUUAGCAUGUGGAAUUGCUGAAAAUCACGUAAGACCGUCUUCUGGACAAGGUUCUGAGAGAACUUUUAUCUGCCAAAAUGAUGGAUUGAAAGAUAAGAUAUCAAAUAGGAAGUCCAUUUCUUAUGAAGAAUUUGUUUUGGACCGAAAUUUUCUGAAACUUGAUAUUGAAGCUAAGGAAAUUCUUAGCACCCUGCUUAUGAAGCUGCAGUGGCAAGUUGAAUUAGUUACAACGGAACGUGGUAUUCUCCAGCCAACUGAAGCUAUUCUUGUGAAAUUAGUUAGGGCUUUUCUGGAAGCUGGUAAGAUCAAGGAUUUAGCUCAGUUUCUUAUCAAGGCAGAGAAGGAAGAAGCACCAGUGUCUAAUGAUGAUUCAGUGUUAGUUCAUGUCAUUAAUGCGUGCAUUUCACUUGGGUGGUUGGACCAAGCACACGACCUUCUUGAUGAGAUGCAUCUAGCUGGUGCUAGAACUAGUUCAUCGGUAUAUGGUUCUCUCUUAAAGGCUUAUUGCAAAACUAAUCGAACUGGUGAGGUUGCAUGUCUUUUGCGAGACGCUCGCAAGGCUGGCAUACAGCUUGACUCAAGCUGUUAUGAUGCACUGAUCAAUUCUAGAGUACUUCAGAAUGACAACAAGGGGGCACUCAGACUGUUUCAGGAGAUGAAAGAAGCUAAAAUACCAAGAUCUGGGCAUAAAGAAUUUAAAAGAUUAGUUGAGAGUAGUGCGGAGAAUGGUGAAGCUGGAUUGAUGGCAAAACUUUUACAGGAAAUAAAAGAUGGGCAAAGAGUGGAUUAUGGACUUCAUGAUUGGAACAACGUUAUACAUUUCUUCUGUAAGAAGAGGCUAAUGCAAGAUGCUGAGAAGGCUCUGAAGAGAAUGAGAAGCCUUGGACAUUGUCCAAAUGCUCAGACCUUCCAUUCUAUGGUAACUGGAUAUGCUGCCAUUGGUGGAAAAUAUAUAGAAGUAACAGAAUUGUGGGGGGAGAUGAAAAGUAUUGCAUCAGCUUCAUUCUUGAAGUUUGAUCAAGAACUCCUUGAUUCUGUUCUCUAUACAUUUGUGAGGGGUGGAUUUUUUGCUCGAGCAAAUGAAGUUGUAGAGAUGAUGGAGAAAGAUAAUAUGUUCAUUGACAAGUACAAAUAUAGAACCCUGUUCUUGAAGUACCAUAAAACACUAUACAAGGGCAAGGCUUCCAAGAUCCAAACAGAAGCCCAACUGAGGAAAAGAGAGUCAGCCUUGGCUUUUAAGAAAUGGGUUGGUUUGUAUUGAUUUGCUUAAAAAUGUGUAUCCAGUCAAAUGCCCAUGCAUCGUCGGUCCUCAAGUUUUUUAGUCCAAUACUGAUGGACAUGCACUCAACAAUCUCUUGUUGAUGUCAUUCAACUCCACCACAUGAUUGGAUUGAUUUUCUCAGCUAUAUUGAUGUAUCUAUCUCCAAGAAGCUGAUUGCAUUAAUAAAAAAGCUCUGAAGACAUCAAAUGUGGAGGUGGUAGGGCAAGAUUCUGACUUUGGAGUUGCUGGAGAACAAGUAGCAUUGCAAGGAACCGAUCAUCAAAGUCAUUGAUGAAUGUUACUGGUGUAAGAAAGAAGAUUGUAUGGACUAUGUAUUUGAACUUUGGAGGCUCUCUUUGCUGCCCCUCGACAAGAUGAUCAAGCGGGAAAGCUCAGAGUCGAGAGAAAUGAGUAUUCCUCCAUCAGCCGCAAUGUUAGAAUCAAAUCUAUGAGCAUUGUUUGACUAUUGCUUCUCCAUGGUGAUUAAGAAGACUGUGACAAGGUACUGAUUUGCAGUUUUUUCAGUCAUCUACUAUUACGUGUGCAGCUACUUACACCGAGAUUCUAGGAUGGGCACUUGAAAUUGUCAUGCAGUUUUGUGAAAAAAAUGAGCAUUACCUGCUUUUAGAUUCUCAUGGUUGAGAGCUUCCCAUGUUCUGUAUUGUGCACAUGAUUGUUUUAAAAUCGUAGCUUUUGUCAAAUUGUGAUGUGGGAUUUAGGGGCAGUUUGAAGAACUUUUUUAAUUUUGAUUGAAUAACAUGUAAUAGUUAAGAUUAUUGUUCUGUUGAAAUUUUACUUUAGAUGCUGUAAUAUCCUACAUAAUAGAGAUUUUUUCUCUUUGGCCUGUUAGGAUUC